AUGUCUACGAAGGAUCCUAAAGAGGAAUACAACAUACAGGAGACGUGGGAAAGGGUGUGUGCAUCAUUUGCAGAAUCAACAAAGAUAAACCUCACCGAUUCUCCGAAAUAUACGCCCGACGACGUUAUUGAGCAGAUUCGCGCGAGACAGGAGGAAGAAGAUGAGAAAAAUGCAAAAUAUAAGGCCGCCAAAGAUGCGAUUGGCAAGACUGUGAAGUGCAUCAUGCUUCUUGGUGGUAUAGCUGCUCAGGGUGCCAGUAUGGUUUUCGCGCCUAGCAGUCUCUGUUUCAAUGCGAUCUCCUAUCUUCUUGACGCUGGCAUGAAGUAUAAACGCAUUUUCAGUAGUUUGUCCGAACUCUUCCGACGUGUUUCCGACGUCCUAGAGCGUUGCAAGAUUUAUCUCCGUUUACCUCCAGAAACAAUUGACAUCUUACUCCGCAAAAUAAUCAACGAAGAGAUGCUAUGCUUUGUUGAUAUCUGUGCAUUGUCCAUAAAGGUUCUUCGGGGCCACAAAGUCUUCACUGCCCUCAAGGUGAUUGCCUUCGACAGUGAUGAAGGCGUGAGUUGUCAACUGAAUCGCCUGAAGGAUCUGGCGGAGCGUGAAGACCAGAUUCGCGCAACACUUGGAUUUGAAAAGCAACUUCAAUCGCACAACUUGCUUUUAGAGAGCGCCGAAGGAAACAGGAAGAUCCGUGCGUCCAUGGAUAUGGUACUCAGUCUUGAAGAGAAGAGAGACAUGGAAAGCGCUCAGAAGACUCUUUUGACUGCCAUUGAUGCCAGUCUCGAUGACGCUAGUAAGGAGUACAAUCGUAUCCUGGAAGAUUACAGACAAACUUUGAGCGCAAGAGUCCAAGAAAGUGGGAAAUGGCUGCAAACCGAUCGUUCUUACAUCGCGUGGGUGGGUGGUGUUUCAACACCCUUUUCAAUUCUGGGUCUCUCUGGGGCUGAGGGACAUGGGAAGUCGUUCUUGUGUGCAACUAUUUUCGAAAAUCUUCAGGAGAUAUCUUCGCAUAUUGGAGAAGAUCUCUCAUGCACUUCCUCCGCUUUCUAUGCAUUUGGAAAUCAGAGCACGUCUCUGAUGAAGGCCCUCAAAGUUCUUUCAUGGCAAAUUGUCAACACAGACAUCGUCUACCGUAAGACCAUCAGUUUUUCGAAUUCAAUAAGCAAACUUGAUCUCCCGACUCUUUGGGAAACAUUAUUUGCUAAGCUUUAUAAAGGCGAUUCGACCUGCUUUCUCGUGCUUGACGGGGUUGAAAAUAUGGAUAGCAAGAGCUUAAAAGAGUUCACGCAGAUGUUAGCGGAGUUGAAAUUGACUUCAGCAAAUUGGCCACGAUUCAAACUCCGCCUCCUAUUGUCGAGUAGAGAUGAGACUAUGCACAAAAUUCAACAUGAUCUGGGAUUAAACAAUAUAUCGGUGAUUGAGGUGGCGUCGAAAAAUAAAGAUGAUUUGGAGAGGUUCAUUGAUAAUGGUAUUGAAAACAUGCCAAUUUUUGAAAAGGCAUCGAAACAACCCGAGAUUCUUGAGCUUCGAAAAAUGAUCCUGGAAACUCUUACCGAAAACACUGGUGGAGACUUUGUCAACGCAAAACUCCUUCUCGAUGAAAUUAGCGGAAAGCAACGACCAAGUGAGAUCACAGACAUUUUAUCUCGCUCCAGGGGCAAUCGUUCAGACACAAUAGCCAGGAAAAUUGAAGUGCUCAACGAUACUCUCACUGCAACGGACAUCUCAGACUUGAAUGAGCUUCUCAUGUGGGUUGUAUUUGCCAAACGAAAGAUGUAUGUAGAAGAGCUGGAAACCGUGGUACGUUCUAGAGCGACCGAGACAAGCCUCUGGCCUCUCGAGGACAAGAUCACGCAAUCUUACUCCCCAUUACUUCGGAUUAUUCGUGAGAAAUUCUGCCAGCAGGAUAUCGCACCGAUCUUGAAGGUAGGGCUGGUAUCCAGCUCCAUUGAAGAAUUCUUGCGUAUGGAAGCAAAAUCUGGAUUUUUGGCAAGGACGCGGAAUACAACAACCUCCGACACCGUCCACGAAUUGGAGGUUGGUAUCGUUCGCCGAUUCCUCGAGUCUGUCUGUGAUCCCAAAUUGUACAGCAAAUUUGGAUUUGAGGAGUUCUUUCAGCAAAAGCUUAGGGGAAGCCGUGGUCGGGUUGGAAUUGACCUAGAGGCUGCCCACUCAAGAAUUCUGACGACAUGUUUGGAAACCAUACUUGCUGAUGAAUCAUCCACUUUGAAGCGGCUUAUCCCCUAUGCAGAAAAGUACUUCACCGAUCAUCUCAAGAUGGUGGAUCUCUCUCUGAUCCAACCCGAAUCUAAAAUUUCAAUUGGCUUGCAAUUGAUGCGGCUUUUGACGGAUUAUACAAUCAUUGAACGAUUGUGUCCGGAGGGUUCCUAUUACACACCUCACCACUGGCUAUACAGCGAUGACAACGCCGAAGUGGCGCUCCGUUGGUUGCAAGAUUCUGCAGUGUUGAAAUGCUUUUCCACUGAGCAAUCUGAGUGGGUGAAAAGCCUCAGUUCCAAAGCUGAACCCGAUACGGACAUCCUCGAGCAUAUUGCAAGAUAUUUUGCGCGCAAAUGGCUGCAAGGAGACGAAAAUGACAACAUGGCGCCCUUUCUUUGGGUGUAUGCAUAUUUCAAAAAGAUUGAAAAUCGGAAGAACCCGGAAAUCAAAAGACUGUCACAGGGGCCUUCCAUGAAAGACAUAGAGGCAUCGCAGGUUCUUGACGCUGCAAAGUGGGCUCAAACAUACAUUGGAUUGCAUGACUUGGGAUACGAAGGAAACUGCCAUAUAGCGUACACGUUGCGGCAAUGUGGAAAGAUCAAUGAAGCUAUUGAGCAAUUCAGGCUGGCUUCAUCACUACAGCAUGGAAGCUGGAAUGCAAAGAAAGGGAUGGCAGAUUGUUACGCCUCUCAGAAAGAAUACGAUCUCGCAAUCGCAACCAUGGAAGACGCAGUGAUUGAGCUCGAGAAAACCGACAUGGAGGACAAAGAAGAGUUUGUUUCAGAAAUGCAUUGCAUGAUUGCCGAAUGGAAUGCAGAUGCAGGCUAUAUCGAUGUCGCGAUUCAGAGAUACCAGGCCUUAAUUCAAAGUUUCCCGAUGUACACGUGGGGCUCGUCUUGCGAGGUGAUUGGACUGUUACAUAGACGGAAAGACUACGAACGCAUGCUAGGAUUUAUAAAAACAUUCGACGACCUGACCAUGUACUCAGAUGAUGAAUCAUCUACUGAGGAUGAGGCUCUCACACCGCAGGCAUCUCUUUUUAAGUUUGUGGGCGUUGAAGAUGUUUUUGCGGAAGCAGUAUUUGCCAUGGUGUCCACCGGAAGAGGCUUUGACAUUGUCCUCAAGGGCUACCAGACAGCCAUCGCUGCGAUCAAACAGCAGGUUGCCAAGGAAGAGGAUUGGAAGAGAUCCGAUCAAGGAUUGAUGAUGCACCAGCUUGCCUUUAUCUGCUACUUCUGUGAAGAGAAAGACCAAGAAAGACGAGAGUUUGCCAUUGACCUAUGGUUGAAGGUUUUACAAUUAGAGGAAACGGUCGAGGAUUGGUUACUUCUCCAGGUAAAACAAACUGUUCGAGUUCAAGUGGCAGUUGCCUACUUCACUGAAUCCCAGAGGGACUCGGGAUCUCCUACUCUUUACCUAGAACAGCUUCAGCAAAUGGCCACCUUGGACAGUACCCUUGACCAUUGUCACCGCCGACGAGAUGGGGCAUAUCCAAAACAGUUGAUUGCGAGAUACCAUACCCUCCAUGGUGACGAGAGGAGUGCUAUCAACACACUUCGAAUCAAUAUCAAAGUCAACCUUGAUAUUCUUGAGGAUGAUGAUCCACUGAACGAUUGGCAGGGAUUUCUGGGUUUGGCCAAAAAUUUCAUGUUUGCUGGUCAAGACGACGACUCCCUGGCAGCAUGGUCAUUAAUUACUCCGCAAGACAGAACGAAUCACAAAACAACAGAACCUUCAACCAGCGGUGUGCCUAAAGAUGAGCUGAAAGGACCAUUACGGGAGGAUUGCUAUGCCAAUUGUCACACAUUUUGGACAUUUGCAAAUGAUAUAUAUGUGUGCCGGGAAUGUGAUUCUGUCCAUUUUGACUCCCACUGCCUGGCAAAGCUGCGGGCGGGAAGCUUGGAUAGUUGGUGCUGCAACAAAAAUCAUGAUAUGUUACACGUUCCAGCAUACGACCCCUCGGAGCGGCAGAGAAUCGGUGAUGGGAAUGUCAAAGUUGGACAAGAGAUUAUACAAGUUGAUGAAUGGCUCCAGAGGAUUAGAGUGAAAUGGGACAUCAAGCCUGCUCACUAG